AUAAGCUGCUGAUUUUGGCGCUGUUGGUAUCGGUAACGUCGCCUAUGUUAUAUAAGAGAUACAAACCUAAGUGGCCAACACUUGCGUCGCAAUCCUCAACCUCCUCACGGUCAUCGCCCUCCCAGUUACUACAGAUGCGAAAACAGCUGGACGCCACUUACAAAUCUAUGUCCCGGUUUGGAACCAGGUCAAAGGAGACACGCGACACUUGUAGGGCUCAUCCACUCACGUUGGAACUAGAGCCACCGUUAAAACUGGCAGAUCAGUGUGGUUCACUUUCUGUUUUGUCUUACGGCUGUCGGGGUGGUUGCUCCUCCUACAGCCAAGUGGACCCUCGCAACGCCACAAAUAUCAUCCACAGUUGCAGUUGCUGCCAGCCACUUCGCUUCAUGGUAUCCAUAGCACUGUUGCCUUGCAGGGACGGCCACAACCUUAAGGUACUUUUCAAGGAGGCUCGGGUGUGUUCCUGUCGACCGUGCUAUGCGGAAGAGGCCACCAAAGACUACAUCAGGUUCGACGAUUUACUGUCAAAGCCUGCAGUUGAAACGCCUUUGCCUAUUGGAUGA